AUGUCGCCCUCGCCCAACCCCCUCUUCAAGUUCAAUCGCGAUGGCUUCGCCGUCCAUGUCAGCAAUGUCGCCGACGCAGUCACAAGGAGAGAACUUGUCGACCUCUUCAACAACUUUAUAGGCGACAUCAUCAAGUGCGAUGAAAACUAUGACGCAGCGGGUCGUAGAUAUUACGCCUUGACAUUUGCUUCGCAAGACGCCGCCAAGAAAGCGCUUUGCAUGUCCGGCUACAACGUCGACGGCACCCCGCUCGUCGUCACUACCGUCACCCUUUCAUCGGAACUUCCCCGCUCGAAGCCGGCAAAACAACCUGAUACUCGUCGGAACCUCUACGUCCUGGGGCUGCCUUUCGACCUUACCAAAACUGAGUUUGCUGAGAUCUUUUCUCGCUUUGGGACGGUAUCGCAUGCCGUCAUUCUCGCCACCGUCGACAACGCAUCCAGGAGGCGUGGAUUCGUUGUGAUGAGUCAACACCACGAGGCGAAACUAGCCAUGGACACCUUUAAUCGCAAGGAAAUCAAGGGUCAUGUCAUCGAUGUCUCCUGGGCUGUCGUUCAGCGUUCCGAAGGCUUCCUUGACGGGGGCGACCGCGCGACUGUUCUAUCCAACUCUUCUCCGUCGCCAUCUCCAGCACCGUUUGACGUCAAAGCUCUCACUCCUGCGCUUCCCCCUCUGCAAGCGUCUAUCGUUGUUACGCCACCUAUCGAACGUCCUCCAACACUCACGUUCUCCACUCCUUCAUCUUCCCUCCAGAUCAAGCACCUGCCUGCAGUACUAUUCUCUCAACUCUCUGACUUGCACCCCCUUCUAGGGCCUUAUGGCGACGUGAAGAAGUUGGAGAUCAUACCUGCUGAGUCUGGAGAACAUGGUCUGGUAUCGGCUGUAGUGGAGUACGCUACUCCGUCUCAAGCUGCAGAAGCCGCACAAGCGCUCCACGGACAAGCGUACUCCAGUGUUCCUAUUGUCGUCGAAUUCCUUCGUGCGGAUACUAGCCAAAACUAUGAUGCUGACGGGAAGCCCGGUCUCAACCCUCAUGCCACUCCCUUCGUCGUUCAAGCCGGGCUGGCGCCCAAUGCCCUGCUUGCUUCUGUGACUCCUGUCUAUCCUGGCUCAGGCUUGUCCCAUAAUAAUCUUGCUGCGCUCUCGAAAGGUGGACUGCUCGCUUUUGGUCCUCAGUCAAUAUCACCCUACGGAAGUCCCUUGCUCUGUGUUCCUUUCACCGGUGUUCGACCGAACUCAGCCCCCACGGCGUAA